UCAAAAUCUAAAUUUUUUAAUUUUUUUACUAAUACAAAUUAUAUAUAGGUAGUUUCUAUGGUACCCAAAAGGUACCAUACCUUUGUCCACUUGGACCAAUCAGAAUGUUGCAGUUGAAUUAUUUAAAUCUAAAUUAAAAAUGAUUUAAUGAUUUGGACCAAUCAUGUGAGUGGUAGGUACGGUACCCCAUUUUUUAAAUGGGUACCAGAGUUGUCACCUUAUAUAUAUACUAAUGAUCAAAAUUGUGUCUCGACAAGUGUGAAAUGUUGACCGUUGCAUUUAGUUUGAGUGAUUGAGCCCCUGCAGCCCAGGUCCCAAUUCCCCUUACCAGUCUCGCCCCAUCUACCAGACCAAGACCUGAAGCCCUGGCAACCCAACUCACCAAGUGAAGCCCUGUCCAUCAACCCCAGCGAGCAAACCACGGCCCAACCGCGGUCCCCUUCGGCCCUUCUUCAGAUUUCUUGCUUAAUCUCCGGUGCGGUGGUGCUCCCAUCGGCUAUCUCCAGUCUCAGCCUCCAGUUUGUGCAGGUUGUUUGACAAACAAUCCCUAUGUUACGAUAUUACACAUUAAAACCUAAAUGGCCGAGCAUCUGUGGUUCUUCAUCGAUGAUGAAGUUUUUCAAGAAUAAUUAGCGUAACAAGAUUGAAGAAGAAUACAUGACUAAUCGGUUGAUGCGUAACAUUAGCAAAGAUGUAUUUAUUAAAAUUGAGAAUAGUCAUUAUGAAGCGAUUUCAGAGUAUGACGCCUCAAAGACAAAGAUUGCCGCCUCUCAAUUAUUCUCCUUCAUUUGACGCAUCAAUUUCGAAUCAAAAUUAAGGUAUUCUUUAAUUAACUUUUUAUUUAAAUUUUAUUGUUUUGUUUAUUGCUAUAUUUAUAAUAUCUAAGUAGUAUAAUUUAUGUGCUAAUGUGCCCCUCCAAAUCACGAGUCCUGGUUCCACCAUUACUUUUUGUUCCAAACAACCCAAAAAUAAAACCCCAAAUGUAGCAUUUAGAAUUAGUUGCUUCGUAUUUUUCCUUUAUUGCCCAUGUCGUUUUUUACGAAUCCCCUCCUACUUGCAGAAAACAUUUCCGCCAAAGUGAAAGAGUAAAAUUCCGCCAACCUAGAUCUUCUUCCACCGAAGAGCAUGGUUGAAAGUUGAAACAUAGAGGUGUGCAACGUGUCAAUAAGUGGAUUUGGAUCAGUUUCGGAUAAUUCCAUUCCAAAUUGGGAAAAAUGAAAAUUAAUAAUCUAACCUUUUAGCGGUCUUCUUUAAAUAGUCCGACCUUUUUGUUAUUCAUGAAUAAUCCAACAUUUGCACCUCAUCUUCAUUCAUUGGUCCCCGACCGGUUGAUGAGCUGCUAUUCCGAGUUAUUUUCUUAUCUCAGCAAACUAUUAUACCAUAAAUUUCACCUUUCACAAAGAUAAUAUUUUGCAAAUAUAAGAAAAUAACUUGGAAUAACAGGUCAUCAACCGAUCAGGGACCAAUGAAUGAAGAUGAGGUGCAAAUGUUGGAUUAUUCAUGAAUAACGAAAAGGUGGGACUAUUAAAAGAAGACCGCUGAAAGGUUGGAUUAUUAGUUUCCAUUUUCCCUUCCAAAUUCACUUUUACAUAUUCUUUCUUACUAUCGGAUCUAACUUGAUCCAACUUCAAACAUAAUACUCGGUAUUUUCAAAAGAUAUUAAGCUUUGUUGUGAUAUCUCUACAUCUCUAUCUCUAUCUCUACAAUUAUAUAAGCAUGAAUAUUGUUAGAGGUAUAAUGGUCUAGAAAAAAAUGUUGUGUCUCUUUGUGCAAUAGCUAAUUUCUAUCUACAAUUAUAUAAGCAUGAAUAUUGUUAGGGGUAUAAUGGUCUAGGAAAAAAUGUUGGUGUCUCUUCGUGCAAUAGCUAAUUGUACCGAUGGCAUAUCGAGAUGAAACUUUAAGCGCUUAGGGCAGAGAAGUUGAUGACCGGGUUAGCUUUGCCAUCAAAGCCUAUCCUUCUCCAAAAUUAAGGAGUGUUUGCAGUUGAUUAAAAAAAGCACUUUUCAGCUUUUGACUUAAAAAAAGUUAAAAAGAGUGUUUUCAAAUGACAGCUUCUGCUUAAAUUAAUCAGUUAAAAGCUAAAAGCUGGAAGCAGGUGGAAGGGUGCUUUAAACUGCUUUUCACUUUUUCUAUUACACAAAAAGUACUUAUUUUAUCAAACACUACCAACUUUUACUUUUUCAGAAUCACUUUUUUCUCAAACACUACCAACUUUUACUAUUAAUCACUUUUCCCCAAAUCACUUUAAAAAAUCACUUUUUUAAAGUUGAAGCAAUUGCAAACACUCCCUUAAUCGCCCGCGGAUCGCCUGCUUCUCUUCUUCUCUUCUCUUUAGCCUACCCCCAAUUUCUUAUGCUCCAAUUUCUCUCCACAUUGGUCUUCUGUUCUCUUCUUCCGCUGGAUGCCUACUCCAAAUCAACUGCCACUGAAAAACUUCUUCUGCUCCCAUGGAAGAUUGUGUUCUUCUUCCAAGUUAGAAUUCUUCCAAAUGGUAAAGAAGGGAUUCCUUCCGGAUGUCAUCACAUAUUACGUUCUCAUUGAUGGGCCGUGCAAAUAUCACAAUUUGGCUACAAGUUGGAUGCAGGGGUACAAAUUUUUGAGGAUAUGGUGACAACUGGAAGCAAGCCUGAUUUUGCCAUUUACAACGUCCUCGUAAAUUCACAUUUCAAAGAUGGCAAAUUGAGAAAAGAGUUGGAAUUGUUCAAGUACGUCUUGGAUUGUGGGCCAGAUCUUGAUAUCGUGACUUACAACACUGUGAUUUGUGGCUAUUGCUCUAUGAGAAUGUUGGAUGAAGCAGUUCAUCUCUUUGCAGAGUUAAAGAAGAGACAGACCGGUCACAACACAAUCACAUUAACUAUAUUGAUUCAGGUCUUCUGUAAAGGAGGGAAACUGGAUGUGGCUGUGUCGUUUAUUCUCUGAAGUAACAGGAAAAGGUAGAGUCCCCAACGUGGUCACAAAUAGCUAUUUGAUGGAUGGCUACUUCAAGUUGCAUUCAUUCAAAACAGGUUUUGAGCUUCAUAAGGAGAUGCUCAGUAACAACAUUUCCCCAAAUAUCAUAAGCUACACAAUUCUGUUCGACGGUCUCUGUGAAAAGGGGAUGACGAAAGAGGCUUUAUUGGUCUUUUAUUCUGCUUCGAGAUAUGGGUUUGCCCGAUGUGAUAACCUAUGAGUUCUGCUCUGUGGGUUUUGCAAGUUUGGGGUUCUGCUUUGAGAUGUGGGUUUAUAAGUUUCCUAUUAUUUGCUUAUAAGGAAAACUCCCCAGCUUACAUGACUUUCAGCUGCAUCAUCCUUUUUUCUAUACUAUCUACUUUGAACAGGAAGACAUCAUAUUUCGAGAUUAAGAAUAUUUGUAGGAGGUUACCAGUAAAGUGGCUUUGCAAAGAGUUUCAAGUUUCACCUCAUUAUGUUUCAUUGGCAGUGUCUGAUUUGUUGGAAAAGAUCUUCUGGAGGAUGUUUGAUUCUGGGUUCUAUUAGCAAUGCGAGACAGCAAGCGCAAGUAUAAAAUCAUAGGCACCUUCAUGAGUGUGUACUACAACUCAAAGAAGGGAAAGAAGACGGAGAAGGAAGUGCAAGAGGCUGAACAAGAGAAACCCGAAAUGGAGACCCCUGAUGUUAAUUGAUUAAUAACCCAUGGACUAUUGGAGUUUGGUGGUGCUUCUUUGAUUUGAGGCCUUUUUUUUGUUUCGGGAGUUUAUGUAUGUUUGGCAUUGGUUCUCUUUUUUUUUUUUUAACUUGUGUGUGUGAGUGAGAUGGGUGGCUUUAGAGGUCAGAAUGCCAUAUUGGACUAAUUAAUGUUUAUAAAAUUUGCCACAUUUUUUGUGUGUUCACUUCAUAAA